GAGAACGAGCCGAGGGUGCGACGCGACGCGCAGGAUAGCCAAACGCCCGUUGAUCCGCGGACUAGCGCGGAGGCGGAGCAAUCCAGCCGUGGUGGAGCGGGUCGGUCAUGCGCUCCUGACCGCUCUCCAUUUCGAGCUUGCAGCCAGUCUCCUGACCCUCCCCAAUCCCAAUCCAAUCUAGACGAAGGAAAGAAACCGGGCGAAUUCUCUGCCGCGGCAGGUAGUAUCCCGCAAACGAAGUAACGCGGCUGCUUACGGGGCGCGGUUGUCCCCGCUUUUCUUCUUCUCGACGCCGCUUCGGCAGUGGUUGGUGGGCGCCGUGCCGCCGAGCCUUGGGAGGCGGAGAGCCGGAGAUGCACAGAUCGGGGACGGCGAUGGCGUGGAACGUGUUCAAGUUCUGCACGGCGCUGCGGGGGCUGGGCUCCGUCAUGAUCCUCCUCGUCCUCGGCAUCGUUGGUGUCACCUACUACGCGCUCGUCCUCUGCAACUACGGGCCGGUGCUGCUCGCCGCCACAGGGGCGCUCGACGCCCUCGUCGCGCUUGUCGUCCUCGUCCUCUUCCACUUCCUGCUUGCCAUGCUUCUCUGGAGCUAUUUCUCUGUUGUGUUUACUGACCCUGGUGGUGUUCCACCAAAUUGGAGGCCCGAUGUUGAUGAAGAGAGCGGCGAAACUGCACCAUUGUCCACCGCAGAGUUCAGUGAUCUCAUGAAUUCACAGCAAUCUAUGGCUCUCAGUGAUACAGGGAGUCCAAGAAUCAGGUACUGCAGGAAAUGUAACCAGCUAAAGCCACCUCGGUGCCAUCACUGUUCUGUUUGUGGAAGAUGCGUGCUUAAGAUGGAUCAUCAUUGUGUAUGGGUUGUGAAUUGUGUUGGGGCACUGAACUACAAGUUCUUCCUUCUCUUCCUGCUCUACACUUUUCUUGAGACGGCACUUGUUACCCUGUCCUUAUUGCCCCACUUUAUUGCUUUCUUCAGUGAUGUUGAGAUUCCAGGAACUCCUGGAGCACUUGCAACCACAUUCCUGACCUUCGUACUGAAUCUGGCCUUUACUUUGAGUGUCCUUGGUUUUAUGAUCAUGCAUGUAUCACUUGUUUCUGGUAACACAACAACAAUUGAGGCAUAUGAGAAAAAAACUACUCCAUUCUGGAAGUAUGAUCUUGGCCGGAAGAGGAAUUUUGCUCAGGUUUUUGGAAACAACAAGUGGUAUUGGUUUAUUCCGUCAUACUCAGAGGAGGACUUAAGAAUAAUACCAGCUCUACAGGGCCUAGAUUAUCCUGUAAGAUCAGAUUUUGAUGGGCAAGGGCUGUAAUUAGAUGAGUUGAAUGUGCCCAGCUGCCCUCUGUAUAACAUGUUUGAUGUUACAGCCAUGCCUUCAUUACCAGGACAAUGUCUCAUGAUGGUCAGUAUCUACUUGUACAGCAUCCCUUGACAAUUGACAUCAGUAUGGCUGACCUACACGGUGCGAUGAAUGUAGAGGUAUAUAUACAGAGGCAUGUGAAUUCAUUUCUGAUUCCUAGUCGUAGUUGAAGAAUUCGCGGGACUCCUGUACUUGUCUGCAUGGAAUCUGUUGUACAAUUGUUCCAUGUAUCUGAAAGAAGCUUGGGGGGUUUUGUGCUAGAUGUACAAGUAAUGGAUGUAUCAGGUAUCCAAGUUAAAGUGAAUUCCUAUUGACGCUGUUAUCAUACAUAGUUCUUAACUCUUA